CGAUAAUUGAGUCUAUUCGCAUUCUAGUCAUAACCUGUAAAGUAACAACUAUAAAAUGUAACAAAAUUAAAUUUAUCUAUAUUAAAACGCUGCAAGUUAAUAUGUCAUAUCAUCAUGACUCUUACUCCGAAAGAUUUAACGAAAUUAUUGGAUAUCCUAGAGGAAGAAAAUUUGGAUACAAGUUUGGAAAAUCUUUGUAAUCAAUUACAUCAAGUAUUUCCAAAAGAAGUUCGAUUCAAAGUAGGAAUGACAUUGGUUCUCCUUUUACAACAUAUAGAUUUGUUGCCAAAAAAUGUUCAACGUAUAAUAGCAGUAGCAUUAUUAUUCGAUCUUUAUAGAGGAGAAACACUGGCCUCAACACCUUUUGCACCUGUUUUUGUUCAGGUUUUAAAAUCACAAGAAGAUACAAAUAAUGGAGUACCAAAGACUAAUUUUUCAGGACAUAUACCAAUUUUGUCACAAUGUGAGAAAAAUCUUUUGAUAAAUUUAUUGGGAUAUAACCAAAAAGAUAUUUUAAAGAAAACUCCAAGACAAAUUGUGGAUGAAUUAUAUUUUGUUUCUGUACCACCUGUUGAUUUAAGUAAUUUACAAGUACAAUUAGCAGAACAUCAUUCAGAAUUACCUUCUAUUGCUAAAUGUGGACAUCCUGUAAUUUUACCUGAUAUGGACCAUUCCAAAAUAACAGAAAUUGAUAAAAAUGCAACAAAAAAUAUGACAGAAAUUUUAAUUUUUAAUGAUCCACCAUUAUGCAGUCAAAGUUAUCAACCUGAAUUUUUAAGAUUAGCACCUCCUCUUUAUCGUUCAGUUGACGAAUUACCAUGGUUUAAUGUCACAGAACCAUCUCAGUUUACAAUUGAAUAUGACACUAAUAUGUGUGUUUCGAAUUGUGCUGGUGCAGAAGCUCGUAGAUUGAUGGGUAAAGCUUUUAAAAGUGUAUUGACAUUACAACAACAACAACAUCUUGUUAAUGAAUUGGAUAGAGAUCCAAAAUUAGUAUAUCACAUUGGCCUUACUCCAGGAAAAUUACCAGAUUUGGUGGAGAAUAACCCUUUAAUUGCAAUUGAAGUUUUAUUAAAACUUAUGCAAUCAAGUCAGAUAACAGAAUAUUUUAGUGUUUUGGUAAAUAUGGAGAUGUCACUUCAUUCAAUGGAAGUUGUUAAUAGAUUGACUACUACUGUUGAUUUACCUACAGAAUUUGUUCAUUUAUAUAUCAGUAACUGUAUUUCUACUUGUGAAACUAUAAAAGAUCGUUAUAUGCAAAACCGUUUAGUACGUUUAGUUUGUGUUUUUUUGCAAUCCUUAAUUAGGAACAAAAUUAUAAAUGUCAAGGAACUCUUCAUUGAAGUGCAAGCUUUUUGUAUAGAAUUUAGUCGCAUUAGGGAAGCUGCGGCUCUUUUCCGUCUGCUUAAACAACUUGAAUCUGGUGAUAUUGGUGGAUUGAAUGCACCAACUGCUAACAAUAAAUUGGAUAUGUGUUAAUAUAAUUAACAUGUUUUUCAAAUAUCUGAUAGGAAAUUAAUAGUCUAUUAAAAUUUUUAAAUAUUUUUUUGAUUAAUUAAAUUACAAUGAACUAAAAUGUAGAUACAGUUUCACAGUGCUUUUUUGAAAGUGAUGAUUAUAAACUUAGUAAAGUUUUAUAUAUAAUUUUAAUAAUACAAAUAAAUUAUUGGCUAAUUCAUUUAUUUUCGAUUAAUUAUUAAAAUAUUAACAUGAUAAUUUCAUUCAAAGAACC